UUCCAGUGGUUGGCCUUUCUCUCAUUCUGUGUGACCUGGCCCUCCAUGAGCCUGCUUAAUUUUGACCUCCAGGGAGCCACCACGAGCUCCACUUGCAGCAGCUGAUGAGGGAGCCUGCUGCUCGAGCUACUCUUGGGGAACCUCUGCUGGCCAAAGAACCACGUAGCAGCAGAAGCUUUGGAUUCCGAACAGCCUCACAAAGCCAACCGGAGCCUGUCAUGGAUCUUUUUGAACUGGACUUUUUCCGAGACUGGGAGCUUGAACAACCAUGCCAUUUGGAGUCAGAGCGCAGUGUCCUGAAAAGGAGAGAAUGGGAGAGGAGGACUCAGGAGGUGCAGCAGGAUGAAGAUUUGUUCUCGAGUGGAUUCAACCUGUUUGGGGAACCUUACAAAACUAAUAAAGGUGAUGCCUUGGCAAAUCGGGUCCAGAACACGCUUGGCUCCUAUGAAGAAAUGAAAGACCUGUUAACCAGCCAUUCAAAUCAGAGCCACUUAGUGGGCAUCCCCAAAGGCAGCAGCGCCAGCAGCAACAACAACACCAUGCAAACACCAACCACUUCAACAAGUGAGAGAGCCACAAUGGAGUCCCAGCUUUUCAAUGAAACCCUGAAUGGAAGCACAGGACAGGAGGGGGGAGGAGCGGAGGGAGGUGGAGAAAAAAGGAUUGCAAGUGCCUCCUUGGCAUCCUCAAAUUCCAUGCAACCUCCCGCAUCAACAACAACAACGGCUUCAAGUGUGCAGUCAGUGCCUCAUCAGAAUUCCAAAAAAUCUAGGAGCUCCAUGGACUGGGCAAAAGGAGGGCAUGCACAAAGCACACCGGGAACAGGCCUCCAUCUGGGGUUGGGGCAAGGCCAAGGUCAGGCUGUGGGAGCUGCACAUGGAAGGGGGAAAGUGUCCAUGUUUGAAGACCAGGAACUCCAAAGACAUGAUGAGCUUUUCAGCUCACUGAAAGAUGAAUUAGGUCUAAAAAAAGAUUUGAGCCCUUCUUCGUCAUCUUCAUCCUCUUCUUCCUCCACCUCUUCUGGGAGACGGCAUUCUUCACACCCCACUAAAACUAUUCCUUUGCCAGAGACUGGUGGAAAUUAUCGAUCUUCUACAAUGGAAGCUGGUCACUGCAAAUCAUCUUGCUCCCCAUUAGAAACUGAACCCAGCUCUCACCUCUCUAUGUCCUCCUCCCCGCUGGCUUCCACAUCACUUUUGUCAACACCUGUACCUGGUCUAACCACUCCCACAUCUACAUUCCCACUUGGCGGCCUAUCUGGGAAGUCGAUUGCAGUGCAGCAGAAACCAACAGCUUAUGUUCGCCCAAUGGAUGGUCAAGACCAGGCACCUAUCGACUCUCCUCAAUUAAAACCACUUCUUGUGGCCCCAGAGGGAUUCAACUGUGGCCAAACGUAUGGAGGAAACUCUGGGAAUAUGAAGAACAAACUGCCCAAACUGAGUCUGAGCCACACUGCAGAGGUCAGUCUUCCAAAUGACUCCAGCUGUGUGGAAGAGAUUUUACGGGAAAUGACUCACUCCUGGCCACCCCCUCUUACAGCCAUUCACACUCCCGGAAAAGCAGAUCAAACCAAGUUUCCCAUCCCAAGCAAGGAGUCGCAGCAUGUGACCUCAAGCUACAACACCCAGAAGAGAUGUACAGUAUCAGCAAGCAAGCCAGCUGUGAAGCCACCAACUGCACCACAAAAAUCAAUGCUGGAGGAUGAUCUGAAGAUCAGCAGUGAUGAGGAAGAAGCUGAGCAACAGGUAUCCGACAAGCCAAAAGCCAGAGCGUCAGCCCCGAGUGGCGCAUCGGGGAGCAGCAGUGAGUCGGAGAGCAGCUCCGAGUCGGACACAGACGAAUCUGAGAGCAGCUCCAGUGACAGCGAGUAUAACCAGGCCACCCGAACCAACUCCCCUGAGCCUGAGCCAUCCUCAACGAACAAGUGGCAGCUGGACAGCUGGUUAAACAAGGUCCAAGCUCAAACUAAACCCCUGGUGGCUCCCCAGAAAGAUCAUCAUGGAGCAGGUUCUGUCACCCGAAGUCAGGAAACAUUCCCACAGCGCAGCGAGGCAGCAGGAGUUGGUGCCGCAGCCAAGACUAAACCCCUCGGGUCCAGUGGCGCUGCUCUUCCCGCAGUGCCAGCAGUGGAGCACAAAGAUGCCAGGGGAACAUUCUGCCCUGGCAGAGAGAAGACGAAGGCCAAACUCAGCCAGAAGGCAUCGGGGGAAGGACAGAGGUCAAAGAUUAGGCUGUCACCAGGACUGAUGUCUGGACAAGAGGUCAGCACACCGAGGAGGACCACUACAGGAAAGAAACAGCCCAGACGGACAGAAAGGUCGAACAGUGUGGAGGAUAAUCAGAGUCAGACAUGGAACAGAUCAAACCAACAAAGCAGCCCUGCAGUGAGGGAAAAAGAGAUUUACCCUGCUUCCUCCCUGGAGCAUCAGAACACUUCCAGGGUGCGAACCAAGACCCCCAAUGGGAAAACCGCUCCCAGGAAAGAACCUCGCAGUUCUGCCAUCUCUAACAACAUAGUUGUACAACCUGUAGCACUACAGCAAACCACUGUGCCAGUACCUACUGUCAGUUUAAAUCAGGACAAGAGAAAGCACAGAGGCCCAAGUAGCAAAAUCACACCCAAGUCCAGAGAGUUUGUUGAAACAGAUUCUUCAUCCUCCUCUUCGGAAUGCCAGUCGGAUUCAGAGCAAGCCAUGAAAAUCCCUGCUUUGCCGCUUCAGUCAACACGUACCGCAAUUAACACGCAGUCUCAGUCCAACUCGUACACACCGCCUCUUCCCUGUUUUGGCUCGGCCAGCAGUGUGGGAAAUCAGGGAGUCUUCGGGGGGAAGGGACUAUGUGUCCGAGAUGGUAGCAAUGUGACUACCAAUAUCAAUAGUAGCACUAGUAGCAUCAGCAGUAGUGGUAUUGGAAGUAAUAGUAGCUGUAACACGCUAAGCAUUAUCAACAUAAGUGGUUCUUUUGGUACUUCUGUUCCUGACCCAGGAGGGUUAGGUGAACCAUGCAAGAACCUAGAGUCUAUGUCACCACACUUCAGCAUGGGACAAGAUUUGCCUCUUUCCCCUCUAACAGAAUACCUUGAGAUUCAGAGUCUAUGGGUGAAAAUUGACCUGAGCUUGAUCAACAGGGUGCCAGGACAGGGUUUUGGUCAAAUAUCUAGGGUGGGUGUAAUAGAACGCGAAAGGGUCAUGGUAUCAGACAGAGAGAGACAAAAACAGGCUGACAGAGAGUGGCAAGGGCUCAGGGAAAGAACAAAGUUACCUAAAGGGGAACAGCAGAAUGAAGAAAAUGAAUCAUUAGUGCAGGAUACAGAGAGGCUAUGUAAUGGCAACAGAUCAACAGAGAGGGAUAGGCAGAUGGACAGAGAGGACAGAGAAAGGUUCAAUUUAGGAGAAAGAGACAAGGUGGCAGAGAGAAGAGAGAAGGCAUGUCAGGGGCUCAGGGUCCCAGACAAUCCCCCUGUGCAGGAGAAGAGUAUUCCAAGGCUGCCCGGCAGGACGGAGAGAGGAGAGAGUGAAGGAAAACACAGGAGGCAAGCGAGUGGCAGCAUGGUAGCACCGACAGAAAGGCACACCAGCAAGAGCAAGAGAAAACACAAGUUGGACCACAUGGAGCCCUCCUGCAACAGCAAUAAAAAGCUACAAUUGGACAAAGACUGUUUGCUCCUUCCACCUUGUAUUUCUCCGAUACACAACCACAAGAACAAUUCAAUGGAAUCUCUAAACCGGAAACAGUCCCGGCGGCAAGAUGAGAAGCUCCUUCCUCCACUACUGUCCCCCCUUUCUGAGGAGCCCCCGCAUAAACGUACCUGUGAGAGCAGUUCAUCUCUCGGCCAGGAUGGCGCCUCAACUUCAGUGGUGCCUUGCUCCAUCUCCUCCUCCACACACAGACACAAAAGAGCAGAAAGCAGAGCAUUAUCACAUGCCAGAAAUGUUGCUACAAGUCUAACGGAUCAUCACAACAAGAAGCCUUGUGGAGACAGUUUCCAUGCCAACGGACAGUCCGACUCAGACGCUUGGUCAGAACCACUGACAGAACCAGCAGAACCUCCAAGACCAAGACUGUCGUUUAGCGAAACGGUUCACAGUGCAGACUACUAUAUGCAGGAGGCCAAAAGGCUAAAGCACAAGGCUGAUGCUUUGAUGGACAAAUUUGGUAAAGCAGUGAACUACGCAGACGGUGCCCUCUCAUUCAUUGAGUGUGGAAAUGCUAUGGAGCGUGAUCCUCUUGAGGCCAAAUCUCCAUACACAAUGUACUCGGAAACUGUCGAGCUAAUCAGGUAUGCCAUGAGGUUGAAGAACUUCACCAGCCACUCAGCCACCAUAGCCGAGAAGAAACUUGCUGUGUUAUGUAACCGCUGUCUGUCUCUGCUGUAUCUGAGGAUGUUCCAUUUGAAGAAAGACCAUGCUGUCAAAUACUCACGUUCGCUGAUGGAGUAUUUCAAGAAUUCUGCCAAGAGCUCCCACCAUGCGCCCUCUCCCUGGAGGACAAAUGGAAAGAUCAACGGGACCCCGUCUCCACUCUCUCUCAGUCUGUCGCCAGCCAGCGGCGGCGUUGGAGGCGGAACCUCAGGAGUUGCGCCAAAUUCAUCAGGCACCGUAGCUAUUCCACAACGAAUCCACCACAUGGCGGCUAGUCACGUCAACAUCACUAACAACAUCCUACGCAGCUAUGAACACUGGGAAACAGCUGACAGAUUGGCCUCUGGUAGUCAAGAGUUCUACCGCGAGUUGGACUCUGUUAUGGAGCCGUUGAGCCAGCAGAGCGGCAUGACUGAACUGGUCCGUUACAUCAGACAGGGUCUGCACUGGCUCCGCAUUGAGGCUCACCUGCUGUAGGCGAUGAACCAGAGACAGCUAUUUAAAAAAAAAAAAAAAACGACAGAAAAAUCAUCAAAUGGGCCUGGGAGCUAGAACUGGGAUCAGUCCGAUGACACACACAAUGACGCUUAGUCCCCGCUGGGGUCCUUCAAAUGACUCAACACGCAGUCAUAAAGUAAUGGCAUUGACUAGGUGGAUUAAUUGAGCAAAAAUCAAUCAGCACUUAGGAAUGAACACUAACUACAUCAUUUGAAUGUGACUCACCAAGCACUGAUUAGCAUAAUGAAAUUGAUGUGCCUCUUCGGAGAGACAACAAUUAUACUCUGAUUUGUGCAGUUUAAAUUCCUCCCUGAAUAGGAAUAUAAGUUAGAUGUAUUUUUAACAAGAUUGGAUCAUUUUCAAAAGGAAAUGUUCUACAUUAGCUGGUUGCGAUUAAAGUGGAUGACGCUUGCAAGGAAGCUCCAAAAAGGUUCCAAGAAACAUGUCUGAUAUUGAUCCAGUUUCUAAAGUAGUUGUUCAGUGCAACAAUUAAGUAAGAGGCAAGCAUCAUUUAUACACUGGACAUCUGAAAAUUAACAUCUGACACAUUCAAGGAUUCAGUUUUAAGUGCUAAAUUCUCCUGUGGUCAUUUAUUGUAAAGUCAUUUGAUGUUUCGCUGUGUGACUGUCAUUUUUAUUUCAAAAUAAACAAAUAAGGUUGCAUUUUCAGCAACUGGCCUUUAAUAUAAGCCUUUUUUUGGCACUUUAUACUGUAUUUGCGGUUGACAGUGGUUUAUAAAGGUUUGCUACUGUCUUGUAGGCCCUAGAUUGCUUAAUUCCAAGUCAUUUAUUUUUUAUUUGUGUGGAAACUGCCUUUGCACUAAUUCCUAAAUACAAUCAUUUGCUGACAUUGUCUUUUUAAAAGGAUUUUUUAUUACUAUGCUUCAUUAUUCAUGAAGAAAGUUUGGAAUUCUGUAAGGCUCAGGUGUCAAACUCAAAACCAGAGGGCCAGAUUCGACCUGUUACAUCAUUUUGUGUGGCCCGUAAAAGCAAAUCAUGUGUAUCAACUUCAUGUUUUGUGGCCAAAUUCCAAAAUCAGGAUACCAAUGGAUUUUAUGAAGUCAAAUUUUAAAGAUAUUUUAAGACCAGUAAUCAUAGAGGUCAUUGCCAAUUUUAGGGCAAAUUUCUGGGAUAAUCCCACAGUAUUAAAAAAAAUAUAUAUCAGAAAGAUAUUCCUGACUUUGAACGAAUUUAAGACCUCACGGGAACCCUGAAGACUGUAAUUUGAUAUUAAAAAUGUUGAAAUAAGAGCUAUAAUACAAGUAAUUUUGGUUUUCAGACUUAUUUGAAAAUUAUUUGAAAAUAUAAUAUUUUUCCCGUAUGUAAUGAUAUGAGGUGAUCAAACAUUAAUACAAAUUCUUAGUCAUGAUGGCCCUCCAAGGCAAACCAUAACUUUGAUGUGACAAAUGUGAAAUAGCCUGACAAAAUAUGAGUUUGACACCUCUGCUGUAAGGUUUGAAAAUGAAAACAUUUGUUGUUGUAUUGCCAAAUAUUCAAGCUAACUAGUGAAGAUAAUCUGAAUUUGACACGGUGACUUUUCUGUCAUUGUUUAAAGUGAAAUCUUUCACCAAAGAAGUCUGCGAAUUUUAGCUACACACAAAAUGAGGCAUUUCGGUAUUUCUUGAGUUUUAUUAAUCUAUGCCUUACUAGUUCAUUUUUAGGUAAGUUGGCUCAGUUCUGGCUCCCACGGUAACCCACCAAUCUGGCAAACUGUCCAAAGUGGAGUAUAAAAUACAAGAUUCCCCACCAACAGACUGUGCACCAAUGGCAACUUUGCACAAAUUUGAUUCCGAUCAAAUCACCACUGGACAUUUUGAUCGUUUGUUGUGUUGUCGUUUGCAUACGUGUACAGCUGAUUGUGUCAAGUCUUUGAAAAACGACUGGACAACAGUAAUGUUUGUGCUCCACAAUAUAGAGACUGUGACUUCUACAAACAGUGAUGUUGUUGUUAUUGUUGUUGUGGUUGUUUGUGUCAGUUCAAAGUGACCGGACAAUUGAAUGAUGUAAAACAAGAUACCUAAUGAACAUCUACAGUAUAUUCUGUAACGUGUGCGUGUUUGUACGAGUGAGGAAAAAAGAGAAAUGUGUGUGAUUGUUUAUGGUCGCACAUAGCAAAAAAUCCGUCAUUCUUUUACGGCACAUGAAAACUCCAUGCUUCCUUCUGUGCUGUUCUUUUGAUUUGGGUUUAAUCAUAUUUAUUUUUAUGUUGUCAUGUGGUCUGUGUAAAUCCAGCUCAUCGAGAGUGAGUGUUUCGGUUGUCAAUCAUGUAACCACUGUUGAAUGUGUAUGGAAGACCAUGCGGAUGUGGAAAGAACAUUUGACAAAAAAAUGGAAAAAAGAAAAAAAAAACUUAAGUGCCUCUAUUCGUGUCCAGUGGGAAUUACUCUAUUUAUUUAAGAAAAAAAUACUGAAUCUAAGUGACUUUCCAUACCAUAUUGGUACAAAUAUGAGAUUGUUUUUUGUAAAAUCAAAUGUUUCCAUAAGCUUUUUACUAGCAUUUACUGUAUGAUGACAUUGGAGUUUGGCUUUAAGGAAAAUGUCUGAUUCGAAGUGUCAAGUUUCCAUUGUUUUGUUUUGUUUUUUUUUUCCUUGAUGUUUUUAAGGUUUGUCCGAAAUGCCUGAUAUGAAAAACGUUGCAUGCAAUAAAUGGUAGCGUCAGACCAACAACUUGUGUCAUGAUACUUGCAGUAACAAUAGCAACUACAAAAUGAAAAAUGGUUCAUUUCCUGUAGAUUUUCAGUCACUUCCUACAAAAAAAAAAUGGAUGACUAUUAUCUUCAAAAAUAAUAUAAUA